CAGGACCAGAGCCGAGCCGAGCAGGGCAGGGGUAGGGGGACAGACUGACUGACAGACAUACACAGAGACAGACAGACAGACAGACAGCGUGCAGCAGGAUGGGCUCUGUACUCUGUGAUGUGCAGUAAAUGGGAUUAAACCGCUCAGACAGCGCUUGGAAACACUCGGCAGCAGCAGCAGUAGUAGUAGUAGUAGUGGAGAGUAGGGGGAGCUCCGCAUGUGCUUCUCCGUGUGAGCCGUCCGGAGGAGAGAGAAAAACAACCGAAAGAAGAAGGAAACUAAGUAGUACCUGCAACCCGACAACAAACCCCUCUCAUAAUUCGGAUUUAACCUCCAGGACUUCCCCAAGCACGACCCCUGCCUCCCCUCUCACAUGCCUGCGUUGAUGUGGGAGAGAGGGAGGGGAGCAGAGUCGGGGGAUGUUUGAAUUACCUCGCUAAAACUUGCAGAAAUACAAAGAGAAAAGAAGAAGAAGAAAAAAAAGAAGAAGAAGAAGAAAACAAGUUGCGGACUGGAGAAAUAAAGGAGAUACUGGGGUGUCAUGGAGAGCCAAGUGUGCGAGAACCAGAGCUUGGAGGACGUGAGGAAGAGUGGCUACCUCCGCAAGCAGAAGUCCAUGCACCGGCGGUACUUCGUGCUCCGGGCCGCCUCGGAGCGUGGCCCGGCCCGCUUGGAGUACUACGAGAGCGAGAAGAAAUUCCGCGGCAAGGCCCCCGUCCCGAAGAAAGCGGUGGCGCUGGAGACCUGCUUCAACAUCAACAAGCGGGCCGACUCCAAGAACAAGCACAUGAUCGUGCUCUACACCCGGGCAGAGAGUUUCGCCAUCGCCGCAGAGAACGAAGCGGACCAGGACGAAUGGUACCAGGCCAUGGUGGACCUGCAAUGCAAAAGUAAGAACCCCACUGACAGCGGAGCAGCAGGGGACUAUGGUGUGCCCAAUCCUGGGCCAGCCUUUAAAGAGGUGUGGCAGGUGAAGGUGUGGCCCAAAGGUCUCGGUCAGGCCAAGAAUCUGGUGGGAAUCUAUCGCCUUUGCCUGACUGACAAAACAGUCAACUUUGUCAAGCUAAAUUCUGAUGCUGCUGCUGUGGUGCUGCAGCUGAUGAACGUCCGACGCUGCGGACAUUCAGAAAACUUCUUCUUUGUUGAGGUGGGCCGCUCUGCUGUGACAGGCCCGGGCGAGUUCUGGAUGCAGGUGGACGAUUCAGUGGUCGCUCAGAACAUGCAUGAAACGUUGCUGGAAGCCAUGAAGGCGCUGAGUGAGGAGUUUCGCCAACGGAGCAAAUCUCAGUCAAACUCCGGCCCUGGAGGAGGUGCCACUGCCUCAAACCCCAUCAGUGUUCCCUCGCGUCGCCACCACCCAAACCCUCCUCCCAGUCAGGUGGGCUUCACCCGCCGACCCAGAACUGAGCCUCCUGGAGGAGCUAACAGUGGAGCAGGCAUCAGCAGUGCCAAUGCUUCUCCCACCCCACGGCACAGCUUCCCGAGGUCUCGCACUGCCAGUGAUGGGGGAAAAGGUGAUGAAGGGACCACACCACUCGCAGGGACGAGCUCUAAUCCCUCCACCAAUGGCUCUUGCUCCACCACCCCAAUCCUCAGGUCAAAAUCGGCCCGCUCAGCCCCCACCACAGCUGCUAAAACUCCUCUUGGGCUGAUGCGCUCCAUCUCUAACCCAGCACCCUCCCCAGCCCCAAGCCUCUCUUCUAGCUCUGGGCAUGGGUCAGAGUUUGGUGGAGUAGCAUCAUCUGCUGGGCCUGGUGCUUACAGCCGUGUACCAACACAUCGCGCCUCUGUCUCCGGCUCACCCAGUGACUAUGGCUCCUCGGAUGAAUAUGGCUCCAGUCCUGGGGAUCACACGCUCCUUCCCUCCCCCAGCCUUCCUGGAAGCUCUGUCGGUAGUGUCGGUAGCCAGUCCCUUGGGGAGGAGGGAGCUAAUUAUAUUUUAAUGGGCCAACGUAGUGGUGGUGGCAGUGGCAGCAGUAAUCAGAGCUUGAUGUCUAGCCCCGUGCCAGCACCAGGAACACAAGCCUGUGGCUCCUUGCCGCAGACCAGGAGAGUGCUGCGUCGCUCCUCGAGCCGUGAAUGUGAAGCUGAACGUAGGCUGCUGAGCAAGAGGGCUUCCUUACCUCCUAUGGCCCUGGAGAGACUUGCCCCUCAGCAGCGUAGAGGUGAGGAGCUGGCAGAUGAAGACUCAGCUGACUACGCUAUCAUGUCGAGGAGCACCAGUCGCGAGUCAUUUUCCUCCACCUCCUCUUCCAUGCAGAGGGAAUCUGUUAUGGGUGCUGGGUCAGCAGGGGGAGGAGGAGGGUACUUAGAUGUAGCUGGGGAGUUCAAAGGUGAAGGGGGUGUUGGAGCAGGUGGUAGUGUAGAUUUAGGUGUGGACAAUGGGUACAUGUCCAUGCUGCCGGGAGUCAGUCAGCCUCCAAUAUCCCUGUCCCAAUCACUGGCUGUCUCUGUCCCAGACUCAGACUCCAAACCUGCUGAUGAUUACAUGGCCAUGACCCCUAACAAUAGCGUGUCCCCUCCACAGCAGAUCCGCCCUCCACCAACUUCUGAUGGCUAUAUGAUAAUGUCCCCCAAUAGUAGCUGCUCCCCCGAUCAACGUGGGGGUCUCUCUGGAGGUGCUUGGGUGGGCAGUGGCAGUGCUGACAGUAGGGCAGGCAGUGACUAUAUGAACAUGUCUCCAAUCAGUGCGCGGUCUGUAAAUGGCAGUCCCCCACCUCCCGAGCACACCAAUCAUUUGGAGACCAGUUCUCAACAGCAAACCCCCAAGAUGGUAUACUCAUACUAUUCCCUUCCCCGGUCAUACAAACAUAACCCCUCCACUGGACACUUUGAUGAUGGGCCAGGACGUGGCAGAAGGCCCAACGGGAGUGGUGGUAGGGGAUUUGGUGGAGGAAGGACUAUGGGAGGGCGUCAGGAUCAACCAGCCGCAGGUAAUUCAGUGGUUGGACGACAUCUGUCACUCUCGUCUUCCUCAUACUCCUCCAGCUCAGCCAGCAGUGAGAGCCUAGGAGAGAGCGAGGAAAGAGCUACCCAGGCUGUGAGCCCCAUGGCUGGGGGAGCUACGAAAGAUGGGACUAAGCUUCAGCAGAGACGGGGUUCUGGUGGGGUAUUGAAGCAUGGUAACCACACUAGAAGCAGACCAGUGAGCCUGUUUGUUGACGUAUCCAAGGCUAACACCCUUCCCAGGGUCCGUGAAAACCCCCUGCCUCCAGAACCCAAGAGCCCUGGGGAAUAUGUCAGUAUUGAGUUUAAAGGGGAGAGGUGCAGCCAGACUGGGGUUGGAGGAGGACGUGGUAGGGGUCUCAGGCAUGGCUUAUCGCUGCCUCAUGGUUCAAGCAGCCAGCAUCCUCAACACAGGCCUAUUUCUUGCUCAGGGAACUUUAUUCCCCUCUCACGUAGCCCUUCUGCCCCCAUUACUCCCCCAGCUGCCUCGGAGUAUGUCAACAUGGACCUGGGUCCUUCUCCGUCACCCUCACCCCUCUCCCUUACCCCGCUAGUUUUCCCCUCUUUCCACACCCCUCCCACACCCUCAACUCUGGCUCAUACUCCCAAGGCGUGCAAUGAAGGAACAGCUGGCCCUCGUGAAGAAGUGGCCGAGGCGGCUGAGGCACCACUUAGGAAAAGCAGAGAAAGUAUCCCAUCAGUGAGUGAGUCCGAGUUCCCUACAUCCUGUGGUGACUACACAGAGAUGGUCUUCAACACCGUCCCGAGAUCAUCAUCCAGUGUCUCUCCCAAAGCCCCUUCCCCCACCAGGACUGAUCCUUCUGUUCCAGUGCUAUCAAGGGGUCUAGACUUUCCUCUAGCCAAACCAGGGCCCAACCCAGACCACGGGGCAAAAGUUAUCCGGGCCGACCCCCAAGGACGCAGACGGCACUGCUCGGAAACUUUUCUUGCCCCGCCCUCUCUUCCCACCCCUAGCUCUACUUCCUCUUCUUCAACUGCCUCUCUCUUCCCAGAACACGCCCAAGCUGUGGCCCGCCGGCUGGGCCUCGAAAGCAUGCUGUGGGGGAAUGGUGCUGUGACUGAUACCCCCACUCAAUUCCCUCUCCCUGGACAGCAGUCCAUUCCCACAAACACUCAGACUUCCUCAACAGAGCAAGGCCUUAACUACAUAGACUUGGACUUGGCCAACAAAGAGAGCCCCCACUUGGGCCUGGAUGGACCCUCAGGUAACCAGGCACCCUCUCGCCUCUUCUCUGUGCUGGGUGGAAGUUCUGGGGUAGGGGGAGUGGGCGCAGCAGUUGGCAGCAGCAGUAGCAGCUCCAGCCUCAACACGUACGCCAGCAUCGACUUCUACAAAUCAGAGGAGCUGCGGACACAUCAGAAUGGAAACAAAGAGGGUACAGAGUGCUGAUGUCAGUGCGUCGUCCUUGGGGAAACAAUCUGGUACCACUUGGAGAGCUUCAAAGUUUUUCCUGUUUCUCCUGUGACGACCAAUCACGUCGGGAGAGCAGCUGGAUAGGACACGCCCCCCCUCCCCCCCCUGAAGCACUUUGACAGAAACUGAUGGAGAAAGUUUUUUUUUUUUUUUUUUUGUUUCAUCUUGUUGGUUGUGAAAACCAACAGGGAUGUGUGCCAAAUGACAUUCUUGAAAAGCUAUGUGCUGCUCUCAUUCCUUGAGUGAAAGCCAAUCAGAGAAGGGUACAAAAAAAGGCGAUUUCUCUCCCUCUUUUUCAGGAGAAACACUCAAAACAGAAAGAAAACAAUGGUGGCUGACUAUUUAGUGUAUGAAAAAGAGAAUAUCUAGAACUAUAUACCUGCUCAAAAAGUGCCUCAUUUUCAGAUUGUAGCCAUCUUCAACUUAGCCUCAACUAAAUGAAGCUUUGGGUUUUGUUUUUUUGUUUUUCUUUCUUGAUUUGAUGUAGUUACAAAAAUGGCAGCAGAAAAUAAUAAAGUGGAUAGCACUGGUGUGAGCUUUUGCCGCGUUCAAGUCAUGUGGGAUGGAUCGCAUAGCAAACAGAAAUAUUGCCAUAUAAUGUUUAUGAUGUACAAAUACCCAACUCAGAUUACAGAGUUGGUCAAGUGAGGGUUAAAAAUACUGUGCAUGGUCAAUAUACAACUAUAUCCAUUAUACAUGGGUUUAAUUACGACUUUGGUGGAAGUGAGGUGUCCAUAUUCGUUUGGAUUUUAGGCACUUAUUAAGUGCUGGGUCUUAUAUUUUGGAGCAUGUAGGAAUUCCCCAGUCACAAUUAUUACUUGGAUGUUGGCGUUGAACAGUAUUUUUAAAUCGUAAUCUGGCAAUCUCAAUAAAUCCAAUAUGACAUGUACGCAGCAGUCCUGCUAAUAUUAAUAAUGAUAACGGUACUAGCAAUCUGCUGGCCUUCCUGUCUACUGUGAGAAAUAUAAGCAUAGCUGCUGUUAGCUUUCUGCUAAUUAUAAUUUACGUCGCUUUUAUUUUUCUGUCAGAUCCCCCUUCCCCUCUUUUUCCUUCUUCUAACUUUUUUUUCCACCACCAUUUAACAGAGCCAUACACCGAAAGUAUUAAACACACAGGUUUGAAACUAAAGGCACUUGUAGCAGGGGAUCCAGUUUAGUUUGCUAACUAGCUCAAACCAGCUAGGUCAGAUUAACAUAUUAGCAUCGUGCCAGGGCGUAAAUUCACCAUCCUGCUGACCACAGCUUAGGGUGAGACCCCUGAUAUAGCGCUAAGCAAUCCCAUUAGUGUUAUUAGCUCCAGACACUUGUGUCUCACGUAAUCCCCUCUUCAUCUCAGGAUGCUAGAUAACAUACUGUACACACAGAUGUGGAUAGACAUCCUAUCAAUAGCCAUACUAAUGCUGGCUUUGUGGCAGUCAGCAUACUUUUAGCAGUGGAAAGGGGGUCAAGCUUUAUUUCAGUUCAAGUCAGGAUAAAGUAAUUGAUGAAUAUCCUAAUUUUCUUCCCAGUUAUUUUAUACAUUAUGGUACAAAACAUUUUAAGAAGACAGUUUUUACAUUUUUUUAAUUUUAACUGGCUGAAUUGAAAGUGCUUUGACCCCUUAAUCCUCGUUUAGAACUGUCUUUUUCCGUAUCUGUAUCUCCUCCCUCCUCUCUGUCUAUAGGCUCUUAUUUUAAUCUCCGCUAUGCAUCAGCACUUAAGUGCCUGUCUGUCCUAUUUGUCUGUCUGUCUCUCUGCCCCUUCUUAGCAGCUAGCACUAAUAGGGCUGUUCUAGCAGAAUAUAUCAAGUCUAUUUUUGUGUCUAUUUUUGUCUCUUGUGGCUGUACAGUUCUCAUGAAAUAAUGUGUUAAUGUAUGUUUGGUGUGACGAAGAGCUAUCUCAUGACUUGACUGACAGCCACGGCCCUAAUCAGAGGAGUUUUGGACUGUUUCACUUUGCCGGUAAUGGAGGACUCACAGGGUUGCAGUGCCAAAACACAACAACAACAACAACAAUAACAAAAACAAGACUAGGCUGUUCUCUUUGCCGACAGCACCUCAUGAAGCAACCUUCGGCUCUCAAGUUUGGACAUAUUGCUUUGUUUAGUUUUAAACAGUAACCUUUUGUGUUCCCCCGUUGUUUUCUUUUGCAUCGGGGGGGAAAGAACUGUGACAUAUCUUGCCUCGCAGUCUGCUUUUGUGACACUCUUGAGAUAAAGGUCAUUGUGAGGACUUGCGUACGCUUUAACCUUGAAUUUGUCUAUGACUCUGAUCAGUGGAUUAAAAAAAAAAAAAUAGAAAAAAGAAAUGCAUGAGAGGAAAGAAAAGGCCACACAACAACAACAACAACAACAACACAAAACCACAUACACAAAAAGAAACGACCUGAAAUGUCAAUACAUGUGCAUCUACAUAGUUACAAAUUGUACUCAUGUGUUUGUCUGCUUGUCUGGGAAGUUCAUGAACUUUCUCAUUCUGGUCACAUGACCGUCGGGGACUGAGAGCAUAACAAUGCAGCUUUAUUACAAGCAGAAUGGGAUCUGUGGUUGGAGUUGCCCCAAAUAAUUGUGGGGUGGGGAGGGGUUGGGGAGGGGGGGUGGGUUACAAUUGGACCUGAAACCAGAUUGAACACAUAAAUCCCAGACCUUUGCUUCCAUGCAGCCUCGCAGGCAAACACAUGAUGAUUGAAAUGUUUGUAAUGUGGAUGGUCUCUUGUUUGUAAAAGACUCAUCAGUUCUCAGCCAAAACAAAAAUGCUCGAAGGUACUUGUAGAUUAGAAAGCGCACAAUCCUGACUAGCAGACAUUAUUAUACUGCCAUUUAAAGCGAACCUCGUUUUUAUUUUAUCAAUCUGCCCGCAGUCUGGAAUGUUCUUGGUUUCGGCUGCCCCUGGUGAUCCCGUUCACAAAGAACAAGAGCGCGAUGGUCACCGCCACAUAUCAAGUUCCUUCAGGAGGGCUCGGGCAAACAGGGUUCAACAGUUUAAGUGGCUGUAUGAUUUCAUUCAUGUGUUGUUAAUGAGUUUAGAAAUGUUCAUAAAAUGGGCAGGAAAGUGCUGCUGCUGUUCUAAAUUGUUUUUAUCUCUUCCUCCUGUUCCCUUAAGGGAUGGUACUGAGUGGGAAUAUUGUGAGAUUUGCCAUUGAUGUAGAGUUUUACUUCUGUUGCUUGAGGAAAAAAAAAAUCUGACUAAAAGGAGAAAAAAAAGUCAAACAACAUAUGGACUUGUGGUUUCUUUUGUUUCCGAGAUUGGCUGAUUUGCUUUUGAGUGAUGUCAUGGGAAUAAUUGCGGCUGGAUGUGUUAGAAAGGCGACAGACUUUACACACAAAGACAGUAGAGCUACUGAUCUGGUUAAGAGAGGGGACCGGAAGAUUUACAGGCUGAGGCGAGGGUGAACAUCUGCUUGAAAUGCCACAGACACUGGUGGGCUCAUACCCCCACACACUUGCCAUCUUUUACACACACACACACUCACUCGUAGAGGCUGCAGCCACAGCGCAGAUGUCAUACUUUAAUGUGGAAAAGAAAACAGCCUGAUUGUUACACACAAAGCCUUUUUUGCCGUGUUAGUCACAUUCACCACUCCCCAUUGAUAAGAUCAUUUGCACUCAAGGUUGGCAGGUUGCCACGGAGUUAAUCACUUGUCUUACCGGUAAUUUGACCAACAUGGUGUUUGCUGGGUGAGGUAAAAGACCUCCCUCCUUGCUCCCUGUCUUAUUUGA